UCCAGAAAAUUUCAAAAACAUCAUCCUCUUCGCCACAUAGCUUGGGGAUCUCAGCCAUGGCUAUAGGAUAUGACAAAGAGAAGAUAUCAGCCGUUUCCCUUUCUCUAUAAGUUUCUAUUUUUGCUUCUUCCCUAUUUCUAUUACAAGAAACCCUUUCCCCUUCUACUUCAUUUUUUCUUCCCCUUUCUUUGUAAGUCCCCUUUCUGUUAACCUUUUUUCUCAAUUUAUGUGUGUUGAUUGAUAUUUUAAACCUCUGUUUCGGCGACAUUAUACUUAGUUUUAUGGUGUUGCAGUAUUUCUUCUCUUCGAUUUCUUUUUGUGGUGACAAUUUUGUAAAAGCAACACUUUGAUAUAUGGCAAUCAGAGGGAAGUUUGGUUGUUUUGAGUUAUAUGCAAAAAUCGAUUAUUUAGAAGAUCCAUAGUGUAUCAUACUUGAAUUUAUUGUGACAUGACGUGCAUUUUUGUUACAAGCACGGUAAAGCAAGUUUGAUUUAAGAUAGUUUUCGGUUUGAUAUGCUCUCAACUACUAUUUAAAGAUUAAGUUUUAUGUUACGUGUGAGUGGGUCUAGGCACAACUGUAGCAUUUUAGGUACCAAUAGAUAUUCCAGAUUGACUAUUCUGUAAGAAUUAGGCAUUGUGUCAAAUAGCAUUGUUAAACUCAGUCCUAUGUUUGGUAAAUUUCUCGUUCCAACAAAAUGGAAUUUAAAUCUUCUUUUUUGUCUUAUUGUUAGCAUUCUUAAUUGUUUGAUUUCAAAUAGAAUGUACCUUCUCAUUCCUUACUACUUCUUUAAUUGAUCAGCUUUGCCACAAGAUCAUAUUGACGGAAUGAGUAGUCACGUAGCAUCUUCUGCCCAGACGUCAAAUAGUCCUUGAUUUUUAAAAAAAAAAAAAAAAAAAAAGUGGAUACUUUAAGUGCAACAUCCUGGAAUAACAAAAAGACAAAAAAGCUCCAUUAAACUUAUGGCUGAUUCGAUAAUCCCUGUUCUUCCCCGUGAAAUCAUCAUGGAGAUUCUCUUAAAGCUGCCCCCGAAGUCCCUGUUGAAAUUCAUGUGUGUUUCAAAAUUAUGGCUUCAACUAAUCUCUAGCCCUGAGUUUGUAAAAACUCAUUUGAAAUUAAUAGCUAAUGACAAAGAAUGCAUUUGCCAUAGGGUUAUUCUUCAAGAAUCCGGCGACAAUUUCAAAGUAUGUUGUCUCCCUUCCUUGUUUUACAAAGAACAAAGGAUUGAGCUAUUUGACAUGGGUUCUCCCAUGGGAAACCCCACUAUUUAUACUUGGAUUGUGGGUUCUGUCAAUGGACUGAUUUGUCUAUACAGUAAGAUAGAGGAGCCAGUUCUAUGGAACCCCACAAUUAGGAAGUCUAAGAAAUUGCCUACAUUUGGAGCUAACUUGAGGAAGGAUUGCUCUUACUAUUGCAAAUAUGGUUUUGGAUAUGAUGAGUCACGUGAUGAUUAUAAAGUAGUAGUUAUUCAGUGUAUUUCUGAGGAUGGCGGUUCGUAUGAUACUGUAGUCAACAUUUACAGUUUGAAGACUGAUUCUUGGAGAACAAUCAAUAAGUUUCAGGGCAACUUUCUGGUAAAUUCUUCAGGUAAAUUUGUCGAUGGAAAGCUUUACUGGGCUUUAUCUGCUGAUGUUGAUACAUUCAAUGUGUGCAACAUUAUCUCUCUUGAUUUAGCAGACGAGACAUGGAGAAGGUUGGAGCUUCCGAGAUAUGUAGAAGGCAGCUAUCCAUUGGCACUGGGAGUGGUGGGAGGUGAUCUUUCUCUGCUUUGUCCUAAUUGUCAUGAAGUAACUAAUUCUGAUGUGUGCAUUAUGAACGAUUGUGGAGUUGAAGUAUCAUGGACAAAGAUUUUCACCGUCGAUCAUACUAAAGAUCUUGGAGAGUUUAUAUUCUUUUCACCCAUAUUCUCUGUACCCUCUUGCCAGUCAAAUAAGGGUGAAAUUUUAGUUUUGAUUCCCCCAGUUAUCAUGUUAUAUGAUGGUUCAACCAGACAACUAGAGGUCGUUGAUCAAUUUGAGGAAUGCGCUGUCGCAGAAAUCUAUGUAGAAAGCCUUAUUGAUCCCCUAUUGAUAGCUAACCAUGAAACCACACUCAUUUAGCUGAUAAGUUGUAACACUUCUGCUUUCUUUUAGCUGCUUUGCAUUAUUUAUUUAU